UCGGGAUAGAUUGUUAAUAAAGGAAAAAUGAAACAAAAAAUAAAAGUGUAUAAAAAUAAUUUCUGAGCAAAUUUAAUUUUCAUUUAAAUAGUUGUAAAGAAAAAAAGAUUAAAGUUUUGUUCAAAAUGACUUUACCAUUGUCAAGAAUAGAUUAUGCAACUGUGGGUGUCACAUCCAGAGGAACCACCAAAAUCUUUCCUGCAACAGAACAUAGACAUACACAAAAAUUUGCUGUUGCUGAUCAUGAUGGUAUACUUUAUGUUUAUGGUAUGAAAAAAGGAGAAUUACAACUAUCGUUUAAGUCUUUGCCAGGACUAAAGAUUAAUAAAUUAGUCCUUGGUGGUAGUGGAUAUGAUAAAAUUUAUAUUGCACAAGGAAACACUGUAAAGGGAUACACUAAAAAAGGAAAAUUAUUCUUAGAGUUUGAUACAAAUCUUAUAGACCCUAUUUCAGCAUUAUAUGUACUUGGUCCAGACUUAGCAGCAUGUGCAAGAGAUCUCUAUCACAGAUACCAUGAUUGUAAAGAUGCUGAUUCUUAUUUAGCCGGUGAAACCUUGUACGAUGUUGUACUUUUAUCUGCUGAAGGCUCUAUUAUUUUUGCUAUAUUGGCUUGUGGAGAUUGUGCUGUAAAAAAUAUUAAAUUAACAUUUAUAAAAUUAAAAAUUUUAAUUUUCAAAUUAAAUUUUAAUAAAUUUGAUUCUUUUCAGAUAAGAGUUCUUCAUGGUACCAAGACUCCAGCAAUUCUUAGAUUACCAAAUAUACCUACAGUACUAUCCAUAUACAGAGAAGGCGGUGUUGAAUCUAAAGAACGAGUUCUGGUUGGAACUAUGGAUGGAAAAGUUGGUUUACUGAUUCUUCAGGGUAACAAAACAUUGAGGAUCACUUGGCUUUUAAACAUGAAUGGAUCAGAAGUUACUUCUUUAGAUACUUAUGAAUUACAAGAUGGUCUAGAUAUACUUAUUGGCAGACAGGAUGGUACUGUUGAAGUGUAUACCUUUCCAGAAGAGGAUACUUUACCUUUACUUCGUUAUCGUUAUAAUGCCAGUGAAAGUAUCAGUUCAGUGGCAGGAGGAAUAAUUGGAGCAGCAGGAUAUCCUGAAGUGUUGGUUACUACAUAUUCAGGACGGAUAUUUGGCUUGACUACUAAACCACCAGGACUUCUGGAAGCCGAUCAAAAUGACGGUUUGACGAAAUUAAGAUUAGAAAUACAACAAUUACAAGAAAAGCUUAAUGAAGAGAAAGAAGCAGCUACUUUCUCAACAGAUCCUUUAGCACCAUUGAUUCUGUCUGUAAAUCAUAGAAUGGUCUUGAACAGAGAAGAUGUAUCAUAUUCCCUUUCUAUAGAACUCGAUACACCGAUUGAUAAUAUUUUAAUACAAUCAGAUACUCCAAUCGAGUUAUUGGACGUGGAAAAUAAUAGUGCAGUAGUUAGUUUGUCGAUGUGUAAUCCUAGAGAAGGAAAUUUCGUUCUUGCUACCUAUCGUUGCCAAGUAAAUACUAAUCAUCUUGAAAUGAGGCUACGUACUAUCGAAGGACAGCCUGGUACUUUACAGAUUUAUGUCACUUCUCAAGUACAACCAAAAUGUUGUCGCAAAAUAUCGAUACCUAUAUCCGCUCUUUCUCUUCACGUAAGACAGCAUGAAAUGGAAGACACAAAAUCUCAUAAUGAAGGACCAUUUAAUGAAUUAAAAUUAAUUGGAAAUUUUACUGUUGCAGAGAUGCAUGCUUGGCUUUCUUUUGUUUUACCCGAUGUUCCUGAAAGACCUCAUUUAGAAGAAGGUGAAGCUACAUUGAUAUAUAUUUCAGCUUUCAUUGGGACAUUACUUAAAUGCAAAUACAAGAAAGGAAGUGCAGUUUUUCUUGGAGAAAAUAUAUCAAGCAUUAUAAUUCUUAGAGAUAUAUUAACUAGGGAGGCAACGAAGAGAAAAAUUAAAUUAGACGUCUUUUGUGAUGUUACUGAGAGUAGCAUAUCCAGAGUGUUGGAAUUAAUUCUUCCACAAUUGAAUGCUGCAUACGAUUUAGUAACAAAUGUGAAAAUUUUAAAUAUACUCGAAGAAUUGGAAUUAAAAGAAAAUUCGAAAGAAAAUCUUUGCACGGAAUAUCAGGAAUUGAUACAAAAGGAGACAGAGAUUAGGUUCCGAUUGGCGAAAGAUAAUGAAAUUUUGGAGAGAUUACAUGCAGUGAUCACGGAUCUCUAUGUCGAUUGGGAGAGAGCUAAACGUUCUCGUAGAAUCAGUAGCAAAGACGCUGCGGAUAAACUUAGCGCAGCUCUCAAAUCCAGAGAAUUGAUUCAACUUUUACAAGUUUUUACUGAUACAAGUAAUACGGUGCCCGCACCAUCUUCGAUAUCUUCGAUAAUCUAAAGACUGAGCUACGAACAUCUUAUUUCUUUUGCUUCGUGGAAAAUGCAAUAAAAAUGGACCACAGUAUUUCUAUAAAUGUCUUCACGUAAAAAAUAUAUUUUUUCAACGACGAUUCGCGAUAUAAAUGACUAACUUAUCUAGAUUUUAAAAAUGUACAUGUACAAUAUUAUCUUGAUUAUCAUUAAUUAUAUAAUACAAUAUA